UCAAGUGUGGCGUGUUUUCAUGUGUUGCGUCGAAAGAAUUUGUAUCGUCAAACUCCAUUUUCCGACAUGCAUUGCGAUUCCAAGGGUCGCUGUUUUGCAAAGAAAGCAGAAUUACGAUUUCGGAGUCCAACUGGUUAGCAAAAUAAAGGUGUUUUGGAACGUGAGUGUUGACAUCUUCUUUGCAAGAAAGAUACCAUGUGCUCUCGGAUAAUGUUUUGCUGCCGUGGGUUCAGAUUCGGUUUCCGAGUCCCGAAGGAGUGUCUGCGGAGCGCUCGACUCGAAUCAGCAAGGAGGCAGGACCGACAUGCUUCAAGUUUUGAGGCCUCAAUUAAGAAGACCGCUCUGUUUGACUUCCACCGGGACCAGGGGGGUAAAAUGGUGGCGUUUGCUGGCUGGAGCAUGCCUGUCCAGUACAAAGACAGCCACAUCAACUCCCACAUGCACACUCGCCAGCACUGCUCCAUUUUCGACGUCAGUCACAUGUUACAGAGCAAAGUCCAUGGGAGAGACCGAGUGAAAUUCAUCGAGUCCAUGAUAGUUGGAGACAUUGCAGAGCUGAAGGACAACCAGGGCACACUAACCCUCUUCACCAAUGACAAAGGUGGAAUUAAUGAUGACCUAAUCGUCACCAAGACUGACCAAGGCUACCUCUAUGUAGUGUCCAAUGCUGGCUGUGCAGACAAGGACUCCGCCAACAUGAAGGCUAAACUGGCCGAGUUCAAAGCUGCUGGCCAUAAUGUGGAUCUGGAGUUUCUGGACGAAUGUCUGAUUGCGGUUCAAGGUCCAGCCACGGCCAAGGUCCUCCAGCCGGGUCUGAAAGAUGACCUUAGCAAGCUGACCUUUAUGACCAGCACCCUAACCAGCGUUUUUGGGAUCCAGGACUGCAGGGUGACCCGCUGUGGCUACACCGGUGAGGAUGGAGUGGAGAUAUCUGUGCCUAAGUCCGGGGUGGUGGCCUUGAUGGAGCGCCUGCUGGCAAACAGUGAGGUCAAGCUGGCCGGACUGGGGGCGCGAGACAGCCUGAGGCUGGAGGCGGGGCUCUGUCUCUAUGGCAACGACAUCGACGAGACCACAAGCCCUGUGGAGGCCACUCUGGUGUGGACUAUAGGAAAGCGGCGGCGUCAGGCGAUGGACUUCCCCGGCGCGGAGAUCAUUGUGCCCCAGAUAAAGGCGAAGACAGCGAGGAAGCGUGUGGGCUUGGUGUCCACUGGGCCCCCUGUCAGACAGCACACACCAAUACUCAGCCCAGAGGGAAAGGUCAUAGGUGAGGUCACCAGUGGUUGCCCCUCCCCCUGCCUGAAGCAGAACGUUGCCAUGGGUUAUGUGGAUUCGGCAUAUGCUAAAAAUGGAACUCCCAUUCAGGUGGAGGUGAGGAAGAAGGCAGCGAAAGCGGUUGUCACCAAGAUGCCUUUUGUUCUGACUAACUACUACUCUGGCAAGUAGAUCUGACACACAGCGGAAACCCGGCUCAGGACACCAGCCUGUGGGCCAGUGGACAGUAACCUGACCAGACAGAUCGUCUUUCAUUGACCACCAGAACAGUCUAAUAGAGCACGUGUUGCCCCCUAGUGGUUGUCUCAAUCAGUGACACAUCUGAAGGACUGCAAGGCUUCUGAGUGUGUGGCUUUGCCAGCACCCGGAACUCCAGUCAACUUCACAAAUACAGCUACACACUAGACAGUGAGGCUUUUAGUUCUCCCUCCUGUUAUCUAAAUGCUAGUUGAUGGUCUUUAGACCACCUGGAAAUGUGAGAAUCAGCCAUACGGUUUGAAGGACAGGACUGCUCACUGACUUGUCAUCAGAAGCAGAUGCUAGGAACAUAUUCUACUCAGUAUAAACCAGGACAUGCCUACAGGACAGCAGAGCAAAGGGUUUUCUCCUUUCUUUAUUCUACAGAUAUUGAAUUUAAAGUUUAAUUUUGCAGGCUAACUAAUGAAUUGUUUUGUAAAUGUUUACUAAUCGUUAAUUCUGCGGUACCAAACAUGGACCAAAAUUUGUGUAAAUUUUUUUAUAUCCGUCUUUCCAGGAAGGCUUAAUGACACAGAAAGUGUAGCUAGUGUAAAUUAAUUUAGAAGUGUUAAGGGUCUGCUUCCCUGUACUACUGAAAUAAUGUGUUUUGAGAUUCACCUAAUGCCUUAAUUUGUAUAGCUAGGUAAUUGUGUACAUUUUCCUCUAUUUCCUUUAUAAUUUCAUUGUAAUAUAUAUAGGAAUUUAGUAUUUAAUUUACACUUUUCCUGUUUUUUUUUCUUUGUGUCAUGACUAGGUAUUUUUCGAAGUCAAUGUUUUCAUGUGAUCAUAUGCAUGCACUACACCAAAUCUGAAUACAUAGUGUCACUAAUGUUGCUUGAGAGUUUUUCAAAAUAUUCAAAUUUACAUAGUAACUAAAUUGGCUUGUUGAUUCAUGCAGUAAUCAAUGAAGAUGAAUACACUGUGAUACGUCCUGUUAAGAGAAUGUAUUGUGUAAUAAUGAUUAAACAGGUUUUAAGAUAAGAUGAAAACUGCUCACAGUAGAUUAUACAGACUAAAUGAAAAAUGAAGCCAGUACAUGCUAUUGUGCUAUAUAAUGCUAUUGUUAAUGGUUAUUAUAGUGUAGUUUUAAUAAAACAACCUUUUCCGUU